AUGGACGGCUUCAUCAACAAAGCUAAAGAGUUCGCUAACUCCGAGCAGGGCAAGGACGCGAUCAACAAGCUCACCGGUGGUGGCAACAACAACUCUUCUUCGGGCGGUUUUGGCUCCAACAACAACUCGUCCUCGGGUGGCUACGGUAGCAACUCGAACGACAACGACAGCUACGGAAGCAAGAACAACUCGUCCUCGGGUGGCUACGGUAGCAACUCGAACGACAACGACAGCUACGGAAGCAAGAACAACUCGUCCUCGGGUGGCUACGGUAGCAACUCGAACGACAACGACAGCUACGGAAGCAAGAACAACUCGUCCUCGGGUGGCUACGGUAGCAACUCGAACGACAACGACAGCUACGGAAGCAACAACAACAACUCGUCCAGCUACGGCUCGGGCAACAACAACGACUCGGACUCCUACGGUAGCUCUGGUCGCAACAACAACAACAACAACUCGUCCAGCUACGGCUCGGGCAACAACAACGACUCGGACUCCUACGGUAGCUCUGGUCGCAACAACAACAACAACAACUCGUCCAGCUACGGCUCGGGCAACAACAACGACUCGGACUCCUACGGUAGCUCUGGUCGCAACAACAACAACAACAACUCGUCCAGCUACGGCUCGGGCAACAACAACGACUCGGACUCCUACGGAUCUGGCGGCCGCGGCGGCAACGAUUCGUACGGUUCGGGCAACAACGACUCGUAUGGCUCGAACAACAACAGCAGCAGCGACUACUAA